AGUUGGUAUAUAUAUAUACCAGAAGAGGAAAAUGAAAAUUUUAAAUGGCAUAAUUUACUUGUAGAAUUUGGAUGUGAUCAUCUCGAACAUUUUCCUAACAUCUAGAAUACAGUAAAAUUAAUAUAAGAGAUAAAUAACUUCUAAUAAUAAUUUAUUUUUAUUUGCAAAAGUUUAUAGAUAAUGUCUUCAGGCCGUCCUAUCAAAUGUGUUGUUGUAGGAGACGGAACUGUAGGAAAAACGUGCAUGUUGAUUUCAUACACAACUGAUAGUUUUCCUGGAGAAUAUGUUCCUACAGUUUUUGACAACUACUCUGCUCCUAUGGUUGUUGAUGGAAUAUCUGUAAGUCUUGGUUUAUGGGAUACAGCAGGUCAAGAAGAUUAUGAUAGGUUAAGGCCCUUAUCUUAUCCUCAAACAGAUGUAUUCUUAAUAUGCUUUAGUGUAGCCUCCCCAUCGUCUUUUGAGAAUGUAACCUCUAAAUGGUAUCCGGAGAUCAAACAUCACUGCCCUGAUGCACCUAUGAUUUUAGUUGGAACAAAAAUAGAUCUGAGAGAUGACAGGGAAACUCUUAACUCAUUAGCUGACCAAGGACUGAGCCCUAUAAAAAGAGAACAAGGCCAAAAGCUCGCAAAUAAGGUACGAGCCGUGAAAUAUAUGGAAUGUUCCGCUCUCACACAAAGGGGAUUAAAACAGGUUUUUGAUGAGGCAGUUAGGGCCGUUUUGAGACCAGAACCCCAGAAACGUCGUCAACGCAAGUGUCUUGUCAUGUAAAAAUUUUUAGUUGCAUAUUUUAAAAUAUUAUUUAUCCUUUUUUCGUAUUCUCUCCCAGUGAAUCUGGACAGUUUGAGUUGAUCUGUCAUUAAACUUGAAUGAAAUUUAAAAAUGACAACCUUAUAUAUUUUGUAAUAAGAAUUCAUUUGAGACUAAUGUUGUGAAGAACAAAUAUUUUUGUGAUUUCAAUAUUUCAUCACUCUCUAUUAUUCAUACUUCAUUGAAUUUCACAAAAACCAUUUGCUUUCACCUUCUUAUUUCUUAAUAUCCUAAGUUCUUCAUGAACUUUGAUUUUGAAUAAUGAGUUCUGUAGUCUAAAUUGCCAUUUUUUUCAUUUUUUACCAUUUACAUUAGUAUCAUCGAACAAAACAUCGACUUAUUCUCUCGUAGUAACCCUAUCGUUGCAUUUCGGAUGUUAUUGCAUUUAUAAAUUACGAAAAAGAAGCCUUGUUGACCUGUGCACAUUUCAUUUCCCAACGCAUUAAAAUAUUGAAGAAAAAUAUUAUUACAAUGGUUUGAGAUGAAUUUCAAAAGACUAUUUCAUGGUAGAAUGAUAUUUUAAAUCGGAAAUCAACUCUUCCUUCUUGAGUAGUGCCAUAUUUGUUGCAUUUUUGAUAUUGAAACAACCAAAAUAAAUCCUUUCUCUUGAAAUUUAAAGUUUGUCGCUAUUUGUGACAAUACAAUAAUCCUACAUUCCAAAUAUAUUUGAGAACGAAUCUGCUUCCAAGGUUCUUCAACAACUUCUUUACUACAGCUUUUUUCAUAUUCAUUCGAUUUUCCAUGAGAAGACAAGACAAACAGUUUGGUGACAAAUUGCCAAUAUCAUCAACUAUGAAAAGAAAGAUCACUUCUUCCAAAAUUUUGAUUUAUAUGGCUCCAGUGAUAUUAUGAAAAAAUAAUGAUUGUGGUAAAAUUUAAUUCUGCAGCUUCUUUGCACUGAAUUCUAACUUGCAAAUAAAAUAUUUUUGCUAUUUGAAUUCAAAGUGUUACGUUACAUAUCUACAUAUAACAAGCUUCUUGAAAAGAAAUAUUGUUAGUGAUUUUUAAAGGCAGCAGAAUUUAAAGGUUAUUUUUAUGACUUUAAUUAGGGAGUAUCAACAUUGAAUGUUUAUAUUUUCAAUUGAUUCCUUUGAGUUGAAACUUUCUUGAACACACUCUGGUUAGGUUUCCAUAAACAAUUUUUUAGUAGAUAAUGAGAAUAGAUAUUUUUGUAUGUCAAUUACAUAUAUAUGGGAUAUUAUUGAUAUGGUAUAUUGUAAAAAAAGAGACUAAUUUGUGCCAUUUUUCAGUUGUUUUUGGUAAUUUGUAUCAAUACUCGACUUCUUAUGUGUCUAACAAUAAAUAUAAAUGUUACAUAGGAUUUGAAUUCAGAAAAUGAGAUUAAUUUUAUUGGGAAAUGCUCGUCUUUCUUUAAAUCGAGUUACUACAUAUACAAAUUUAUUUUGUCUCUCUACGGUAUGUGGUCAUAUCUAUAUUGUAAAAUGGAGAGGAGUUUACAAAUCUUGGCACUAUUCAUUGUAAAAUUCUCCACAUUAUCGAAUAUGUAGCGACUUGUUGAUAUUCUAUAUUGUUCAAUUAUCUGAAUUUUCUCAUUAAAUCAAAAUUGUUAUGAGUUCUUUACACUAAUAUAUAAAUGACCAAAGUAACGUUGUUUCUAGUCACAAUUCAACAAUUAAUGACUGCACACAAUCUCACAAACUUUUUAAUUUUGUUUUAUUAUAAAAAUUUUGACCGAAUACUUUACAUUCGUAUGUAAAUUUAUAUUAUAGAAAUUAUAAUAUAA